AUGUUCUCUAAGAUUUUGGUGACAGGAGAAGGUGCAUGGACAUCUUUGGAUGAUGGCACAAAUGGAACCGAUGCCAAUACAAAUUCUCCAUCACAAGUAGAAGCAAUUAAUUUGAUGGAUGAUGAUGAGUUCUUAAACUUCACUAUCGGUACAAAUAGGCAGGGAAACAAUCCCGCGUACAGUGGAGAUAAGAGGACAAAACCAAUGGACGAGACACCACAUGAACAGGUGAUGAAAAUUGUGAAGAAGAAAAAAGUUGGAACUGCAGGUCACUUCCAAAAGCAAUUGGAUCGACUAGUUGAUGUUGUUGAGAUUUAUGCUGGCUCAAGGACUCAAGCUAAGAAAGAUGAGAGAGUCACCUAUACCAUUUCAGAAUGUAUGGGAUUUGUCAAAGGUCUCCCUGGAGUGGACAAUGCUCCUGAACUCAUUACAUGUGCAGGUCGAUUAUUCAAGGAUAUGGAUAAACGGGAGAUCUUCAUAUCAUUAGGGACACAAGAGUUGCAGCUACAUUGGCUUAAAAGAAGAAUAUGA